UGUGAAAGUAGAAAAAAAAAUGGCCAAAGCAGCGUCUGCAGACGGGGAGGAAACAGUCGUUUUACAAGGAGAGGAACCAGGUGCAAGUCAACAUUCAAUGCUGGUUGCAGGGGAUUCCUAUGAAGAACUGGAUUACGAUCUGAGUGUGGAUGAGAACCAAGUGAGAAGACGGCUGAAGAGCGGUACUAUAGCUGAGAUAGUAGAGAAUGAUGAUCCCAGAAUAGAAGUACCGGUAGGAAAGCUAGUAGACCUCCAACCUGAAGUGUUUGAAGACAUACCACAGGGUGAUGGUGCAGAUAAUGUUGACAGGGUCAAUGAACUCAUAUCAGAGGUCAAUGAACUUUCAUUGAGCCAAGGUGCUGAGGAGAGAGUGCAAGAGAAUGACUUGAACAGAGAAAAAGAGGCUUCGGCACCUGCUGGGACCGAGGAAGAAGAAAUAAGAAUACGAUCCGGGAGUAUGGUGGAUAGAGUAGAACAUACAGAGAGAGAUCAAGUCGUAGAAGAUAUUUACAGCACCGAAUGGAAGCAACAGAAGAAACAUGUGUUUGUGUUCAGUGAUGCCGGCAAGCCUAUCUAUUCAAGAUACGGGAAAGAAGACAAAUUGAAUCCUCUAAUGGGUGUGAUGCUUACAUUGGUAUCUCUUGUAGGGAUUGAGAAGAACACACUAAGGUCAUUUCGAGCUGGUAACCAUCUGUAUGUAUUCUUAUUACGGCAACCUCUUAUACUCGUAGCUGUAUCUAAAACAAAGGAAUCCCAGCAACAGUUACUGAUGCAGUUGACGUAUGUGUACAACCAUAUAAUCAGCGUGUUGACAUACUCACAACUCUCCAGUAUCUUCAAGAGGAGGGAUAAUUAUGAUCUACGAAAGCUUUUAGGAGGUACUGAGAUCUUCCUUGAUAACUUGAUAGAGCUGAUGGACCGUGACCCGUGCUUCCUCUUGACUGCUAUCAGGUGUCUACCAUUGGACAGUGCAAUACGUGAUAUGAUCGGUAGUGCUAUGCAUAGUGCAAAGGUUAAGGACUUGGUCUUUGCCAUCCUCAUAGCGGACAACCAAUUAGUCACUCUUGUGAGAAUGAAGAAGUAUAUCCUUCACCCAGCUGAUUUGCAUCUUGUUUUGAAUCUUCUCAACAAAUCCACUUCCUUCAAGCACUCUGACUCCUGGUUGCCAAUUUGCCUACCUAAGUUUGAUAGUAGUGGUUUCCUUCAUGCGCACAUCUCGUACCUUGCUGAGAGUCCUGCUUGUCUCGUCCUCCUAACGGUCGAUAAAAUGGCCUUUGCAGAAAUGGCAAAAUGCAAGGAGAAAAUCUUAGAGAAAUUACAGAAGAACAACUGUAUAGCUGCCAUCCAACGAGCUGUGUCCAAGGGCAGUUUCCGAUGUCAAGAGGUCGGCAUUAGUGACCUUCGCCACUUCUUGUAUAAAUCCCGAAGCACCGCCCAGUAUACUGCACCAGAACUGGAUGCUCCCUACACGCAGCCAGAUGAGAGAGAUAGGUUAUUAUCAUUAUACCAGUACACUCAUCAGAGAGUCCAUAGUCCAUCAAGACCACUUAAAAUCAUGUUUACCGUAGGAUCUAAAGAAGCUGUUUUAGGAUGGGUAACUGGAGGGUUUGAACUGUUUGCCAUCUUUGGUCCUCUAACCACCAAACAAGCUGCUAUAUUUGCUGUCAAUAAACUACUCAAAUGGAUCAAGAAAGAAGAGACAAGGUUAUUCAUCUUGAACCCACCAGAGUAUUGAAGCAGUCAAGCUGCAUCAUGCUGCUAUCAAGGAUACCUCAUACAAGGCUGUGAGGUCUGCUGUUUCAUCUGCUACGAGACUACAGAGUUUGCCAUUGACUGCUAACAGCUAACAGUUAUUCUGUAUUGCAAUUGUAGACCAGCCACUGUCGUAAGGAAAGGACAGAAGUAUGCAUUUUGAGUCUCACUGCUGUUUGGGAACUGUUGCAAGGAGUGGCAUAAUCAAGAUGAUAAUAAUUUAAAUUGUAAAUUGGAAAGUAUAACAUGUCCAAAGAACUUUCAAAUUUACAUGUAUCCAUUUUGUACAUAGACAUGUACAUGUAUGACUAUAAUAUGUGCUUAGCAUACAUGCAAACAUGCCUGACAGUGCCAGUGGCAAAGGUGGUCUGGUGGUUAAGUUACUUGCCUGUGAGCCUUAAGGAACAGGGUUCAGAUCCCUGCCUCAGGACGUAACAACCUGCGACAACUCAUUGAUCUGCUAUGGUUACCUGAGCUACAUGGAAAGCAUAUUUUUCUAAGCGCUAACAGACGUUAUAUCAUAAUGCAUUUAAUGACCAUUGGCACACCUAAACAGACAUCCGAAAUCAAAUUGAACCGUGUAUCAAGUGGAGAUUCUGUAAUAGAAACAUCUGUUAAUGCAAGAAAUCUCGGAGUACAGUUUGAUGCGCAUUUGAAUAUUAGAGAACACAUCACAAAUUUUUUGUAAAUCAGCAUACUACUUGAUCUAUAAUCUCAGACGUAUUCGUAAAUACUUAGAUAAGAACAUUAUGAAAGACGGUUGUUUAUGCAUGUAUCACCGAUAAGUUGGACUAUUGUAAUGGUCUACUGUAUGGUAUCACUGACUCUCAAAUAGUGAGAUUGCAAAGGGUUCAAAACACCUGUGCAAGGCUGAUCUGUGGUUGUUCCAAAUUCACAUGGAUCAUCCCAAUUUUAAGAAAUCUACAUUGGUUACCAGUACACCACAGAAUAACAUUCAAAAUUUGCUGAUUGUACAUGUAUAUAAAGCACUUCUUGGACAAGCUCCCACUUAAUAUAUCAAAGAACUGUUGAAUUUCAAACCUAAUCAACACAAUCGCAACUUGCGCAGUUCCCGAGAUACAAUGUGGCACUGGGAGAUUAUUUGUGUGGCAUAUAAAGAGUUGUAAAAUGCACCAUUCAUAAUCAUCCGAGAUGAGGUCUCUGUAAUGAAAUGCGGAAUAUAUUCUUCAACAAUUAAUUUUCAAACUGCAUUUUGUUAUGCGGAUGAUGAGUCAUUUGGUUUGUCAAUCCCGAUAUUCCCCUUUGCCAUCUGGUGGAUGUUGUACUGUUUUGUAAGAAUUAUUUUUAUGUAUUGCAUUGUUUGUAUAUUCUAGAUAAAUGUGUAUAUAUUAUUACUUUAUAUCAACUCAUAUUUAUGUGACCCUGCACCACAAAACCACCCAAAAUUUGUCAGAAAUGGCAUUUUGGUUUAGGUCUGAUUCUGAAAGAUUGGAUGUUCCUAACCCAUUGGAAAAAGGAGGAGAAUGCCCUGUGAUGGAGAACUUUACCUUAGCAAAAAGGGAUUAUCAGAUUGUCCUAAAAGUUGUCACACCAAUUCUAUGCAUCCUGUUUUUUGUGUCUAGGUAUCAAUGCAAAAGCUCACUCUUUUUUCAAGUUAUGGGAGAUUGAAAUGAGACCAGUAGCCAGGGUCUCAACAAAAUUAGAACUACCGGUACUACAAAAUAAACACAUUAACAACAAAUCAAAAUCAGCCAAAUAUAGGCCUACAAAACGCUGCAAAAAAUUCUAAUUCUAGAUAAUAUGGUGGUUCAAAAUUCGGUAAUAAGAUAGAAGAAAGUAUAUUUUUUCAGGAAAUGCUAAAAACUAAACUUUUCUUCAACCUGACAAAAUACACCUUUAGAGCUCUAACAAAAAAAAUCACACUAUGCGACUUUUAGUGGUUUUGUGGUGCAAGGUCAUAUUUAUAGUUGCCGAUUCAAAAGUUUAUCACCAAAUAUUUUGGAGUAUUUGAGGAGAUUUGUUUAAUGUACAUGAGGAAAGGGAUAGUGUAAUAAGAGACAUCAGGGCUUCUCAAAGUCCACACAGCUGUGCUUGUUAAUCCGGACCUUGGGGCAUGACAUCCCAAUGGCUCCCUCCCCUGGGGGAAAAAAACAGGUAAAACACGUUCAUUUUACCUUUUUAAAAAAAAAUUUA